AUGAUGAAGAGCCCGUCGCCAUCGCCAUCGUCUUCGCCACACAGAGCCUACCCCGCGCCAGAAGCCGCCCCCAGCGACACAGGAUGUCAAGAUGGUAAUGCGCAACGGCUGCUGUGGCGCCUCUACGUCUCACAUACACUCUCGACAUGGAACGCACGCACGUUUGAGUUUGGCGCGGUGAUUUUCCUCGCCGCCAUUUUCCCCGGAACCCUCUUCUUCGCGUCCUGCUAUGCGCUUUUCCGGGCUGGAGCUGCCGCGGUCCUCGGGUCCUGGAUAGGACAUCAGGUCGACUGCAGAAAUCGACUCGAUGUCGUAAGACACAGCAUCGUCUGGCAGAGACUGUCAGUCGCCGCGUCAUGCCUCAUCCUGGUCUUGAUGGUCGCCGGCGGCCAUGGGAAAGAGAAGGGAUUUAUGACAUAUGCCUUGUUUGUCGGGAGUGUCAUGCUAGCGUGUGUCGAGAAGCUGGCUUUCAUUGCAAACACCAUUUCCGUGGAGCGGGACUGGAUCAUUGUGGUGUCUGAGAGCCUGAGCAUCGACCGGCAGGACCUGAACAGCACGAUGCGACGGAUUGAUCUCGUGUGCAAGCUCAUUGCGCCUGUCGGCAUUGGACUUGUUGAAGGCUACUUCUCGACCAGACUGGCCAUUUGGAUUGUAUUUUUGCAAAACGCCAUCAGUGUCGUGGUGGAGUAUUUUGCCAUUGCCUCCGUCUACGCAGCGGUGCCAGGCCUCGCGCUCGGAAAAGCGCCGUCGCCGCCGCCGCCGAACCAUGAGGGUGAUUCUGAAACAGCAGACACGCCAAUGCGACAGUCGUCCCAUCAGCAUGGCAAUAAUACUUCCGGGUCAGCCCCGCAUCUUCAGACGCAGCCUGUUAUUAAAACCAUGGUGGCAUCCCACCUGCGGCCGUGGAAGAAUUAUAUCCAAAACCCGGCCUUUUUGGCGUCCUUUUCGCUCUCCCUCCUCUACCUGACCGUCUUGAGCUUCGCGUCGCAGAUGACCACAUACCUACUAUCACUCGGAUUUACCAGUACCCACGUUUCGCUCAUGCGCCUUGGCUCCGUCAUGUUGGAGCUGUGCGCCACGGUCGUCGCCCCCUGGCUGAUGCGCCGCAUCAGCGCUGUGCGCGCCGGCCUGUGGUUCAUCAACGAGCAACUGAUUUCGAUCGCGCUGGCCGUUGGCCUGUUUCUCUGGUUAGACAACAAGCCCAUGCUCGCUGGUGGAGUCCUGGUCCUCGGCGUGGCAUUCUCCCGCCUGGGGCUGUGGGGAUUCGAUCUCAGUGUGCAGUAUCUGGUGCAAGAAGAUGCGCCAGAAGCCACACGGGGGUCCUUCUCCGCCGUCGAAAUGUCGCUACAAAAUCUGUUCGAGCUGGUUUCCUUUGCCACGACAAUGGUUUUUUACCGGCCGCAGCAAUUCAAAAUUCCCGUCUUCAUCAGCGCUGGCGCCAUUGUAUCGAGUGCGGCGUGUUUUGCGGGUUUCGUACGGCGCAAGAGAGGCCAUUUGCUGCAUACGGAUAGGUGCUUUAAGAGAAUGGGCAAGACGGGUAGAUAUGAGGUGUUGCCCACAAUUGAAGAAGAGUUUGAACUAGAGGAAGAGGGCACUAGAGUCGGUUGA